AUGGAGAGGGAUAGAGCAAGAAUUGGUUUGGCACAGGAUGUGCUGACUUUGAGAUUAACGCACACUGAAACACAUGUUGAGCUCAUCCUUACACUAGUUUAUGCCAAAUAUGAUCACAUUGAAAGAAUUGAACUAUGGGAUUCUUUGUAUGCAAUGACAUCAGAUAUGAUAGUACCAUGGCUAGUUGGAGGCAACUUUAAUGUGAUUUGGGACGAGGAAGAGAAAUUUGGAGGCUUACCAGUUUCUCUUAUUGAAGUAGAUGACUUUAGGCACUUCAUCAAUACCUGCAACUUGACAGAUUUGGGAUUUAAAGGAAGAAUAUUUACAUGGUGGAAUGGAAUAUUAGAUGAAGACUGUAUUUUUAAAAGAUUGGACAGAUGUUUUGGCAAUCAUGAAUUGCAACAGACCUUUCCUGGAUUGAAGGCAACUCACAUGUCCAAAAUUUGGUCUGAUCAUUGCCCAAUGAUGCUGAAAUGUGAUAUAGAAACUCCUCCAAUUAAUAAGUCAUUUAGAUUUCUUAACUUCUGGACUAAGCAUGAAACCUUCAAGGAUGUAGUAAAGGAGAAUUGGAAUGCUGAUUUUAGUGCUAACCAUUUCUGCAUUUUUAACUACAAGUUAAAGAAGCUUAAGAAAGCACUAUCUACCUGGAGCAGAGCUACAUAUGGGGAUAUAUUCCAAAAGAUUGUAAGCCUGGAGGAGGUGGUCUUGGUUCAUGAAAGGAAAUUUGAAUUCAAUCCGACACAGUUGAACAAACAAAGAUUACAACAGGUACAAGCUGAAAUGGUUAAAUAUCUUACAUUAGAGGAAGAAUUUUGGAGACAAAAAUCUGGUAUGUUAUGGUUCAAAGAUGGCGAUAGAAACACUAAAUUCUUCCAUGCUCAAGUUAAUGGGAGAAGGAAGAGACAGAAAUUAUCAAGGAUCCAGAAUAGCCUUCAUAACUGGAUUGAAGAAGAUCACUUAAUAGCAGAAAAAGCAUUAAAGUUCUACAUGGAUCAAUUUACUGAGAGUGAAGUUCCUAAUGCUUUUGAUAUUCUAAAUCAUGUACCUUCAAUGGUAGAUAGUGAUCAACAUGAAAGAUUGAUGGCUUUGCCUUCCAAUGAAGAAGUGAAGAGAGCAGUUAUGGGGUUGAAUGGGGACUCAGCAGGUGGACCGGAUGACUUCACUGGAGCCUUUUACCAAACAUGCUGGGAAAUCAUUGAAGAAGAUGUAGUAGGCAUGGUCAAGGCUUUCUUUUGCGGUCAGCAAUUGCCAAAGAGUGUGACACACACAAACUUGGUUUUAUUACCAAAGAAAAAAGAAGUUAUGACCUUUGCAGACAUGACCCCAAUCAGUCUCAGCAACUUUGUUAACAAGAUUUUCUCGAGGGAACAGACAGGUUUUGUGAAGGGAAGAAGUAUAGUUGAGAAUGUACUGUUAACUCAAGAAAUCAUUACGGAUAUCAGGUUGAGAACAAAAGCAGGCCCAAAUGUUGUGAUUAAGCUCGACAUGACAAAAGCUUACGAUAGGCUAUCAUGGCUAUUCCUUGCCAAAAUGCUUAGGAAGAUGGGAUUUCCUGAAGCGUUUAUUGGAUUGAUCUUUGAUUUGAUUGGGAAUAAUUGGUAA